AUGGAGUUAGAUGAUGAGAUGCAGGCCCUAUUGCUGCUCAGUUCUUUGCCAGACAAUUGGGAGACAUUGGUGGUGUCCCUUAGCAACUCUGCACCCGAAAGAAAGCUAACCAUGGAAAUGGUCACAGACGCCUUAUUCAACAAGGCAGCAAGGAAGAGAGAGAUGGGAGGAGAGCAGUCCCAAGCCCUUGUCACAGAAAGUAAAGGUAGAGAUAGAGAAAGGGGCAGAGGUAGAGAAAGAAGUAAAAGCAGAGGGCGUUCACAGUCUAGACAGGGCAACACGAGGAGGUGCUGUAAUCAAGAGGAUCACAUAAUAAGUGAUUGCCCUAGAAAAAAAGCAGACAGGCAAGCCAAAGAGAAGGCCAAGGGACACGGAGGUCCCUCAACUGCAGUAGUUGCAGUGAAUUCCUCUAAUGAUGAAGAUGUAAUGCUUACAGUCUCGUCAGAGUUGGAGACACUGGAUUUUGGAUUUAGGGUGUACGUUCCACAUAUGUGCGGAUAUGAAGCUUUUCUCCAUUUACCGAAGAUUAGAAGGUAUGCUGAAGAGCGGAUGAAGUUUCAUUUACGUGAGGUGGUUGUGGAGAAGCGAGUUGAAUUGGCUGACAGACGUGAAACCAGCUCUGCUCUAACUCAACCACAACUGUAUGGAAGAGAAGAAGAUAAAGAAAAAAUUGUCAAAAUGUUGGUUGAGAAUAUAUGUGAUUGCCAGGAUGUUUCUGUCUACCCUAUAAUUGGCAUGGGGGGGCUAGGAAAGACCACGCUUGCCCAAAUGGUCUUCAACGAUGAGAGGGUAGAGUGCCACUUUGAGCUUAAAAUUUGGGUUUAUGUUUCUCAGGAUUUUGAUGUGAAAAGGGUGAUAAAAGCAAUAAUCGAAUCCGUAUCUGGGAGAACCUGUGACGCCUCAAACCUAGAUUCUUUGCAGAAAAAGCUUCGAGAGAUGCUAAAUGGGAAAAGAUAUUUGCUUGUAUUAGAUGAUGUGUGGGACGACGAUCAAGACAAGUGGGAUGAGCUAAAGAAUUCACUAGCAUGUGGAUCAAAAGGUGCUUCCAUUAUUGUUACUACUCGUGUUGCAAAGGUAGCAUCAAUCAGGCGAACUGUUCCAGCACAUCACUUGCCAUUUUUAUCUGAAGAAGAUUGCUGGUUGUUGUUCAAACAACGGGCAUUUGGACACGGGAAUGAAGAGCGUCCAAACCUUGUGGCCAUUGGGAAGGAGAUAGUGAAGAAGUGUGGGGGUGUGCCUUUAGCUGCAAAGGCCCUUGGAGGGCUAUUGCGCUUCAAAAGUGAGGAAAGAGAUUGGCAUUCUGUUCAAGAAAGUGAAAUUUGGAAUUUACCCCAAGACAAAAAUCCCAUCUUGCCUCUCUUAAGAUUAAGUUACUAUAACCUUCCAUUGGAAUUGAGACGGUGUUUUGCUUACUGUGCCAUUUUUCUAAAAGGUUCUGAAAUUGAAAAGGAGAAACUUAUUCAUCUUUGGAUGGCUAAUGGCUUUAUUUCAUCCAACGGAAAAUCGGAGUUAGAAGAUAUUGGUAAUGGUAUAUGGAAUGAGUUAUGUUGGAGAUCUUUUUUCCAAGAUGUGGACAAAGAUCCAUCUGGCAACAUUAUUUUCAAAAUUCAUGAUCUUAUGCACGAUCUUGCCCAAUCCGUUAUGGAAGAUGAAUGUCAUAUGAUGGAGGCUGAAAGCUCAAAGAAUAUAUCAGCGCAAAGAAUUCAUCAUGUUACACUGGUUGCUGACUACCCGCACGCAGCUGCCUUUCCUAAAGCAUUAUAUAGAGUUGAAUCCUUACAUACAAUUCUUCUACAACGUAGACAGAAAAACACUUACUCUGAUAGGGUAUUUCCUUUUUCUUGUGACUUCACAAAUUUUGGUUCUUUACGAGUGUUCGAUGCAUUGGGCACCAACGUGGGGCAGUUGUCAUCUUCAAUUGGUAAGUUAAAACAUUUAGGGUACUUGAACCUUUCUAGAACUCCCAUUCGUACACUACCAAAGUCAAUUUGUAGCCUUCACAAUUUGCAGACUUUAAACCUGAAUGAGUGUUAUAAUCUUCAGAGGCUGCCCAAGAACAUGAAAUCCCUAAGAAGCCUCCGACAUCUUUAUUUGGAAGGUUGUCACAAAAUACAGGACAUGCCUCCAAAGCUUGGGCAUUUAACUCUCCUGAGGACAUUAAGUUUAUUUGUCGUGGGUGAGAGUAGAGGUCAUCGGGUAGUUGAAUUGCAAUGCUUAGAUCUUGGGGGAGAACUGUGUAUCCGUCACCUUGAGAGAGUGAGAAACUCAACGGAUGCCAAAGAAGCCAAUUUGGUCGGAAAACAGAACCUCCAAAUCUUGAAGUUAUCAUGGGAAUAUAACAGUGAAUCAGAAUCGCAAGUAAAUGUUGAACAACUACUUGAAUCCCUGGAACCUCACCCAAAUGUUGAAGAGUUGUUCAUAGACAAUUACAGAGGUGCCCACUUCCCACCUUGGAUGGGGGAUUCAAUUUUUAAAAACGUAGUUUCUAUUGAGCUACGUAGCUGCACAAACUGUUUAGUACUUCCAGCGUUUGGACAGUUGCCUUCCCUGCGACGGCUUGAGAUUUCCAAAAUGGAUUAUGUGGAAUACAUUGACAAUUACUUCCCUGGCGGAAGCCCAGUUAGAGGAUUUCCGGCUUUGGAAGUACUCCAUAUUUCUAAGUUGCCAAAUUUGGUAGGGUUGUCAAGGGAGGAAGGAAGAGAGCUACUCCCUUGUCUUCACGAGAUAAUCAUCCACACUUGCCCAAAAUUGACCUUGCCGCGUCUUUCAUCACCAAAACUCUUGAAUGUUGCGAGUUCCAGCAACGUGGUACUAAGUUCAAUCUCAAAUCUUAAUCAUCUCACUACCCUUUCAGUUUAUGGCGGGGACAUGAUUUCUUUCCCAGAAGAGAUGUUGCAAAACCUAAUUGUUCUUGAAUCAUUGAGUAUCUGGGGUUGUCAUGAGAUUGAGUCUUUGCCAGAUCAUGGGUUACGAAGCCUAAAGUCUCUCAAACGUCUGACGAUUGACCACUGCUAUAAAUUGAGUUAUUUAUCUGAGAGUUUGGGACACCUCACUGCCUUGGAGGAAUUGAAUGUUAGUGGGUGUCCCAAGCUAGUGACUUUGCCAGACAGCAUUAAACAUCUUGUUUCUCUUCGACACCUAGAUAUUGGUGAUAGUGAGUUGAAGACUUUACCUGAAGCAUUGAAACAUGUCCCUGCACUUCAAUCGUUGGAGAUUUCUUGCCUAAAGCUCACAUCACUGCCUGAAUGGUUGGGAAACCUUACGUCACUUCAAUCGUUGUACAUUUUUGGCUGGCACAAGAUUCCAUCACUUCCACAUGGCUUUGAAAGGCUAACCAACCUCCAAACUUUGACCAUUAUGGGAUGCGCUCCUGAAUUGGCAAGGCGAUGUCAAAAGGAAAAGGGGGAGGAUUGGUAUAAGAUAGCACAUAUUCCAAAAAUCAAUCUGUGGAACUUGUAAAGGAAGAGAUAGAGAAGAAGGAUUCGAGUACGGAGGAGUGGAAGAUCGUGAUGGAGAGAAGCUUCAAUCGCAUGGACAAUGAGGUGAUUGCAUGGAACGACAGCGUUCUGCGCGCCGAUUGUCGAUGCGAGCUCCAAACGCCGGAGUGCAACACAGAUGGAUCAACGGCGGUUGUCGCAGUCGUGACUCCCGAUAAGAUCAUCACCGCCAUCGCAUAGGAGCACCACCGUCGAUCCACCAUUGGAGCAUUACCCCGGGUGCUGCUAGGCUUUUGGGUCACAAUGACAGUAGCAUGACAGCUGCAAGUUUUGAAGUGGUUGUAGCAUUGGAUACAUUGCUGGCGGGGAAUAUAUUGGGCUGCUUAUUAUAGGUCUGAGGUUGGGUAACAGGAGGUGGUUUCAUUCAGCUGUUCUGUUCUCAGACUUCCUUUGUGUUAAUUUCUCUUCUGCGAAAUGAAGAUUAAAUGCAGGUCUUAUUGGGCUAUGUGUAAUAAUAUUAGUGUGUGAUGGACACUGGGUGCUCUAGCCUUCUGAGGUUAGAGGGUUAGAGCCUCCUAUCAUGCCCACUAUUUUUUUAAGCGAUGAUUUGAAGUUCAAUUUCUGUUAUAAUUUUAUAUUCUUUCACUAGUGUUAUGUAGUGUUUGUAUUUUGUGUU